GUGGAAGGGCUGAUAGCCAUCGUAGUAUUCUACCUUCUCAUAUUGCUGGUUGGAAUAUGGGCUGCGUGGAGAACCAAGAACAGUGGCAGUGCGGGGGAGCGCAGCGAGGCCAUCAUCGUGGGCGGCAGAGACAUCGGGCUGCUGGUGGGUGGAUUCACCAUGACAGCCACCUGGGUUGGAGGAGGUUACAUCAACGGGACAGCCGAAGCAGUGUAUGUUCCAGAUUAUGGUCUAGCGUGGGCUCAGGCACCAAUUGGAUAUUCUCUUAGUCUGAUUUUAGGUGGUCUGUUCUUUGCAAAACCCAUGCGUUCCAAGGGAUAUGUGACCAUGUUAGACCCCUUUCAGCAGAUCUACGGAAAGCGCAUGGGUGGACUCCUUUUCAUCCCGGCGCUGAUGGGGGAAAUGUUCUGGGCGGCGGCCAUUUUCUCUGCCUUAGGAGCCACCAUCAGCGUGAUCAUUAACGCAGAUGUGCGCGUGUCCAUUAUUGUCUCUGCGCUGAUCGCCACCCUGUACACCCUGGUGGGCGGGCUCUACUCCGUGGCCUACACGGAUGUCGUUCAGCUUUUCUGCAUUUUUGUGGGACUGUGGAUCAGUGUCCCCUUCGCGCUGUCCAACUCUGUGGUGACCGACAUCGGGUUCACAGCCGUGCAUGCAAAGUACCAGAAGCCUUGGCUGGGGACCAUUGAGCCGUUUGAAGUCUACACAUGGCUUGAUAGCUUUCUGUUGUUGAUGCUGGGUGGAAUCCCGUGGCAAGCCUACUUCCAGAGGGUCCUGUCUUCAUCCUCAGCCACCUACGCUCAAGUGCUGUCCUUCUUGGCAGCUUUCGGGUGCAUGGUGAUGGCUCUGCCAGCCAUACUCAUUGGAGCCAUUGGUGCAUCAACAGCCUGGAACCAGACUGGAUACGGGCCUUUCAGCCCCGAGGACAAGCAACAGGCAGACAUGAUCUUACCAAUUGUCCUGAAGUACCUCUGCCCCGUGUACAUUUCUUACUUUGGUCUUGGAGCCGUUUCUGCUGCUGUCAUGUCAUCCGCAGAUUCUUCCAUCUUGUCGGCAAGUUCGAUGUUUGCUCGCAACAUCUACCAGCUUUCAUUCAGACAAAAUGCUUCCGACAAGGAGCUCGUCUGGGUCAUGCGAAUCACGGUGUUCGUGUUUGGAGUUUCUGCAAUGACCAUGGCCUUGCUGACGAAGACGGUGUACGGGCUCUGGUACCUCAGUUCCGACCUCGUCUACAUCAUCAUCUUCCCGCAGCUGCUCUGCGUGCUCUUCAUCAAGGGAACCAACACGUAUGGAGCUGUGGCAGGUUACAUUUCUGGCCUUUUCUUGAGAGUAACCGGUGGGGAGCCGUACCUGAACCUACAGCCCUUGAUCUUUUAUCCUGGUUAUUACGUUGAUAAAAGUGGCAUAUAUAAUCAGAGAUUCCCAUUUAAAACCCUUGCCAUGGUGACCUCAUUCUUAUCCAACAUUUUCAUCUCUUAUCUAGCCAAAUACCUAUUUGAAAGUGGAAGCUUGCCACCAAAAUUAGAUGUAUUUGAUGCUGUUGUUGCACGGCACAGUGAAGAAAACAUGGAUAAGACAAUUCUGGUCAGAAAUGAAAAUAUUAAGUUAGAUGAACUUGCACCUGUGAAGCCUCGGCAGAGCAUAACUCUCAGCUCGACUUUCACCAAUCAGGAGGCCCUGCUCGACAUGGAUUCCAGUCCAGAGGGGUCUGGGACUGAAGAUAACUUACAGUAACCGCAUCUGCGUAAAACACUGCUUUCUCAUACGGAGCACUAUAGCAGGCUAGUCCUGGAAGGGUGGUUUGCAGCAUAUAAAAUAUAUU